AUGACAGACGUCGUCUCAGACGACGAAUGGAAGACAGGCGUGUUGGGGCAUUUUCCCGGACUGGGGGAUAUAACAAACUUCACAAUCGUCAGCCCUCAAGACUCUAACGUGAACUGCCUGGCCAUGGUGUUGGGCUAUGACUACUGGCUACAUCCACCGUACGACAUAGAGGAAACCACAGAAUAUCAUGAUGAGCCGUUUCAGGAAGGGGACUUGCAGAUAUACAUCCUCGAUGGCGAGUUCAGCCACAUCCACGUUUGCCUCAGCGCGACGAGAGCAAGGUCGAAGAUGGGCAUCGACUACGAGAUCGAACAUGACCGAGAAGCGCUGGAUGGGGGCGGAUAUGGGAGGCUGACGGGCCAUUACCGGUGUACCUCGGCGUAA